GCCCCUGAACACAAGACAACGCAGAGCACCGCCGCAGCCCGGCGGUUUUAAGGACAAGAGCGAACUCUUCCAUGAGACCGCUCUCACGUGUGCGUGGUGGCACAAACCUUGGAUAGACGACGCUUCGACAUGAACACUGAAAUAACAGCAGACAUUCACGGUCUACGUUCUGGCACGCGUGAGGCCGGAGCUAGGACCUUUACUCAUCGGAUGCAUGAUUGCUGGCAGCUCUGUUCAACACACAGUCUUGGUGCUCGACGUCACGGCUUCCUACCUCCGGGCAGGUUACAGUUCACCGCUCUCUCCUGUUCAAAAUAUUGUCUUUGUCUUGCCCUAACCGCGUGGGCAUUGCUGUGGGUCUAGUUGCAUGCUUUUGUUCAUAGACUGCUGGAAUACGGCAUCGGGAGGUGUAAACAUUCAAGCAGACAAGCUUUUUUUCGGCGUGAACACAUCAC